AUGAUACUCUGUUCUUAUAGUCCUUCAGCUCCAAGCUCUCAUCUUUUGUCGACCGACUUUUCUCAGUCUUUUAAGAGUCCCAUACUCCCUCAUCCGUGUACGCAGCAGAGAAGACGGCCCGACCGGUCUCAAAGAGCUUCUAAAGUUGUUGCUUACUAUGGCUUGAAGAAACCUCCUUAUAAAUUUGAUGCUUUGGAGCCCUAUAUGAGUCAGAGGACACUGGAAGUUCAUUGGGGAGGCCAUCAUCGUAACUAUGUGGAAGGUUUGAACAAACAGCUGGAGAAGAAUGACAUACUAUAUGGCUACAGUUUUGAUGAACUUGUCAAAGCAACAUAUAAUAAUGGGAAUCCUUUACCUGAAUUCAACAACGCUGCUCAGGUCUGGAAUCAUGACUUCUUUUGGGAAUCCAUGCAACCUGGAGGCGGGGACAUGCCCAAACUAGGCGUCCUUCAGCAGAUUGAAAAGGAUUUUGGUUCCUUUACAAAUUUCAGAGAGAAGUUUGUAGAGGCAGCACUUACACUUUUUGGCUCUGGCUGGGUUUGGCUUGUUUUGAAGAGAGAAGAGAGACAUCUUCAGAUAAUUAAAACUUCAAAUGCCAUUUGCCCACUCGUCUGGGAUGACAUACCCAUAAUCAGUUUGGAUCUCUGGGAGCAUGCUUAUUAUCUGGAUUACAAGAAUGACAGAGGGAAGUAUGUGGAUGUAUUUAUGAACCAUCUUGUGUCUUGGAAUGCGGCAAUGGCACGCAUGGCCCGAGCAGAGGCCUUCGUGAAUUUAGGGGAACCUAAUAUCCCUGUUGCUUAA